UCACGGCUAUCAGCUUCCAGCUAUGAAGAAUGAGGAAGGCAAGUUCAGCCGCUGAGUGGAAAGGACAGGAGUUAUUACUGUAGGAAAAGUAAGUUUUCUGACUAGUUAAAUAAAACUGGUUUGUCGAGGAAUUUGCUUUUUGUGGGAUGGUACGUUGCUCCACAGGCUGGUGCGCUCGUUUUACGGAGCGACACCAGUCGGCGAUUAAUUUCGCCCUUCUGAUCGUCGCUUACAUCGUUUACCUCAUCAUCGGCGCCGGCAUCUUCUCGGCCAUCGAGCUUCCCUACGAACACGAACUUAGGCAAGAGCUGAGAGAAGCCGUUCAGGAGUUCCUAAACAACAACACCUGUGUGUCCAAUGCGCACCUGGACGAGCUUUUGACCCGCGCGUUGGAGGCCAGUAACUAUGGGGUGUCCAUCCUUGGCAACGACACCAGCCGUAACUGGGACUUUGUGUCCUCCCUGUUCUUCACCAGUACAGUGUUGACCACAACAGGUUACGGCCACACCGUUCCUCUCUCUGAUGAAGGAAAGGCCUUCUGUAUUUUUUACUCCCUCUUUGGUAUUCCUGUUACCCUCUUCUUCCUCUCUGCUGUGGUGGAGAGACUCGUGGUCCUAGUGUCUCGACAUCCAAUCUCCUACUUCCACCGGCGAUGGGCUAUGUCCAGGUCAAAAAUGGCUGCCAUUCAUGCCGUUUCACUGACCAUCAUCACAGUCCUGCUCUUCCUAUUAAUCCCUGCAUGGAUCUUCAUCACGUUGGAAAAAGACUGGAACUUCCUAGAAUCUCUUUAUUUCUGCUUCAUCUCACUGACAACCAUUGGCCUUGGAGAUUAUGUCCCUGGACAAUCUCCCAGUGAAGAGGCCAACCCACACCCACAGCUGUACAGACUGGCGGUUACAGUCUACUUGGUGCUGGGCUUGGUGUGUGUCCUGGUGGUUAUGGAGACUUGUUGCGAGCUUCCCCAGAUGAGACAACUCAGACAGAGGUUCUACAAAGAAAAGAUCCGGGAACUGGACUCUGAGACCACCAACAUCAUCGACCGUGAUCACAUGAGCGAUCAGCUGACAGACCCUACAGAUUAUGUGAUGUCAUUGGAUCAACUACCAGUCAUUUCGUCUGUGUCAGACCAGGCCAAGACCCUGCGGCAGAACAGCAAUUCAGCUCAGUACACCCCAGCUUCUGGAUCUGCUGUUAAUGGGAAGCUGAGAUAGCAGUUGUCAAAGCUUCCAGGGGACAUUAUUUUUAAGGAACUGAUUAGUAAAUUUUUCCUCAACACAUUAUGUAACUGCUCAGGUCAUGCCAACUCUAAAUGUUAGUGUGUGAGCAUGUUUGUGGGUCUGUUAACUCUAAAGCUAGGUCACUUGAUUGUUCAAAAACUGUCUCUCUGCCAACAACAUACAUAUGCGGUGUAAAAACAGGCACACCCACAGAUUAUCAGUAUGUCAUUGUUUUUCCCUUGCUGCUCCUUUCCCUGUAGACAUCAAUCUUUGACACAGAGGAAGGGUUGGUCCCUCAAAACGGAGGAAAACCCAACAAGUUUCAGCCUUUUGACGAAGCCUUGAUAUUGUAACACUGAAGCUGCACAGUUUGCUCUAGAGGCUUUCACACUUACUUCUUUGCACAGUAAUAUAAUCCAUGAUAGUAUUUGCAUUGCAAAUUUGCCUCCUUCCAAGCAGUAAAGCAGUAUGGCAGUAGAAGAAUCAGGCGUACCAUCUGUUGGCUAAGUGCACAUCAUGUGCAUGUAUUCCAGGAAGAAGAUCAGAUGUGGGUGAAGAUUAAAUAUUUUUACUUCCUGCUUUCUUACAGGUGAUCACCAGCCUUUAGUUUCUGAUGGCAUAUGAAGUUAUCUCAUUAUGGUAACCUUGCUGCAGUGUAUACUGGUUGCCACUAGAGGGAAGCACUUUCAUGAAACAGGAAAAAUACAUGAAGUUGUUACUGGGAUUUUAUCUGUCAUGAUGCUGCUGGAGUUUUCCAUGAAGCUAUGAUCACACUAAGCAAAUACAUCAUUGUUACAGUAAAAG